UUCAUCUCUCUCUGUCAAGGACAAUUUAAUAUCAAAAAACACUGAGAAAUCAAAAGCUCCGAUUCUGAAUAGCUGUUGCCAAUUUAAAAUCUCUGAAAAAUAAAAAAAGUUAGCUAAAGAAAGAUAACAAGGAACAUAAAGAAGGACAAAAGCAAAGGAUCCCAUUUCCUUCUCUUUUGAAUCCUCUUUUUAAUACUUUGAUCUCUGUUUCAAUCUGGCAAGUUACUUUUUUCCUCUCUGGUUUUCUUGUCCUUCAAGAAGUCUCAAACUGUAACCAAACUUCCAUAUUUUUUUCUCAUUUUCUGGCAACUGGUGUUAGUAAGGUGUUGAAUUCAAUCAUCAUCGGAUUGCUCUGUAUUUAGUUUGAUUAGAUUUUUGAGGUUGGGUUUGGAAACAUAGAAAGAAAAUAGAGAAAAUGGGUCUUGAUGCAAUGAGAAUUAGAGUUCUAAUCAGGAGAUUUUUGGUCGUUUCAAUUAGGACAUCUUAUAAAUCAGUUUGUAAGCAUCCUUUUCUUGUGGGGGUGGUGUUUUUCUUGAUAUUCCUGUACAGAUCAUUUCCUCUUUUGUUUUCCCUUUUAGUCUCUUCAUCCCCUGUUUUUGUAUGUACUGCUAUUUUGCUUGGUACCCUUUUGAGUUUUGGGGAACCCAACAUACCUGAAAUUGAGAAGGAGACAGAAGAAGUUAGCCAUGAGAUUUCUUCUUUUAAAGCCGGGGCCAUAGGGGAUGCCACUGUCGUUCUUGAAAAAGAUGAGGAUUUCUUUGUAGAGAAUUUUGCAGGGAAGAAAAAGGAUGCAGCAGAGGAAGCCACUGGAAAAGAUAACUGGGAGCAGAAUAGAGUUAGUAAGAUUGAGGGAGAUGAUGGUUUAGGUGAUUAUAAGCCACUGAUUGACGUGAGUUCUCGGGAUAUUAAAUUUGAGAAACAAGUGAAUGAAGAAGUGGAGAGAGAAUUUAAUGAUUUGGAGCAGGAGAAGAACGGGGAAAUUUACAAGGAGCAACGAGGGAUUGGAGAGGUCUUGAGUAAUGAGGAGGCUGUUGAGAAUCAUUUUUCUCUGGUCCAAGAUGUGGGAGAUGAGAGUGUUCUAGUGGAAGAAGAUAAAUCUCCUGCAGAGUUUAUUGAAGCUGAAAAAGGUGAUCACUUGAAUUUUGAGCUUCCAUCUUGGAAAAGAAUAAAUGAUGAUGAUGAAGAGGAGGAAGAGGAGGAAGAAGAGGAUGAUGAGGCUUCUGAUUCUGGGUCAGAUGGGGCGGAGAGUUCCUCUCCAGAUGCUUCACUGGCAGAUAUUAUUCCAAUGCUUGAUGAGCUCCACCCACUUUUAGAUGAGGAAACUCCACAGCCAGCUGGUAUGUCUCAAGAUGGUUCUGAUGCUGGUUCAGAGUGCUCUCAUAAGUUUAAGGAGGGCAGAGUUGUGUCAGAGUAUGAUGUCAAAAACCAGGAAGAUGGAGAAGAAGAAGAAGGAGAAGAAGAAGAAGAUGGUGAUGAUGAUAAUGACAAUGAGGAACGGGAAGAAGCACAGGGAGAUAAAGAGGAUGAGAGUAAAUGUGCAAUCAAAUGGACAGAGGAUGACCAAAAGAAUCUCAUGGAUUUGGGCACUUCAGAGCUUGAAAGAAACCAGCGUCUAGAGAGUCUUAUUGCUAGGAGAAGAGCUCGAAGAAACAUGAGAUUGAUGGCUGAGAAGAAUCUUAUAGACUUGGAUGGGGCUGAUCUUCCCCUUGCAAUUCCACCUAUUUCAACAGCAAGACACAACCCCUUUGAUCUUCCUUAUGAUUCAUAUGAUAAUGCUCCUGGGUCUGCUCCAUCUGUAUUGUUGCCUAGACAUAACCCGUUUGAUCUUCCUUAUGAUUCAAAUGAGGAAAAACCUGAUCUUAAAGUUGAUAGUUUUCAACAAGAAUUCUCAGCAUUUCAGCAAAGGGAACUAGUCUUUCGAAGACAUGAAAGCUUCAGCGUGGGACCAUCAAUUUUUGGACCCCCCAAACAAGAGAGGCAAGGUCUUCGGUGGAAGCCAUAUUUUGUGCCUGAAAGAUUUGGUACCGAUGAAACAAGCUAUCAAACCUUCCAACGGCAAUUGAGUGAAGUUAGUGAGUCGAAGCUGAGCUCAGUUCCUGAUACUGAAUCAGUGAGUUCAGCUUUGGAGGAGGAGGAUAAGAAGCUCUAUGAAGAAGAUAUUUCUCAAGAAACAGAAAUGCUCUCCAAUUUGGACUGUAUUUCUCUCCUUGUUGAACAUGGAAGCCUGUCAUCUGAAGGUGUUGAUUCCAUAGACAUUGAGAACAUCGGGAGGAAAGAUGUUCAGCAUGGUGGAGAUGAAAUUAUACUUGGAGAUGUACAAAAUCACCAUGAAUUAGAUUCAAGUUUGUCUACACCAAGAGAGGAAACUCCAGCAAAACCCAAUACAAGUGAAAUUCUUCUGCAAAUGGAACCAGUUGAAGAGGAGUGUAGCAGCAGAUCAAGCCUAUCAUCAGCGUCAGAAGUAGAUAAAAAGUUACCUGAUGUGAAAAAGAGAUCAACGAGUCCAGAUCCAGGUGACACUCAGAUUGCGGAAUCUCACAUUUCAACCUCACUUGAUUCAGUUUUUCAUUUUAUGGAUGUGGUGGUGGAUGAAAAUCAAGAAAGGCAGCCUGUUCUGGAGCCAAGAGGAUAUCAUCUUGGAGAACGUGUCAGUGUGAUGCAAACCUCAUUUGAUUCAGAUUUUCAUUUUACAAAUGGUGUGGAAGAUGACAAUAAACACAUGGAGCCUGUUUUUGAGCCAACAAGAGAUCAUACUGGGGAUUCUGGCAUUUUAGUGCAAGCUUCACUAGAUUCAGAUUCACAUUUCAAGACUGUGGUAGUAGAUAAUGAUCAACAACAGGAGCUUGUUCUGGAGCCAAGUGGUAGCGAAUCUUGCAUUUUGACACAGACUUCACUCAAUUCAGAUUUUCAUUUUGUAAGUGGGGUUGUGGAUGACAUUCAACAUCAGGAGCCUGUUUAUGAUUCAAGCCCUCAAGGAGUUGGGAAGUUCUCUUUCUUGUCAGUCUCAUCUGAUACACGGGCGACAUCAGAAAUGGGUUCGCCCUCAGCUUUAGCUGAAUUUUCUGGUAAAGAAUCUGAAGUGCAUACUCGGAACAUGGGGAAAAAUACUUGUGGCAACAAAGAGACAUAUGAAGGCUCCUCAAAAGAACACUCACUAGAUGAAAAUGAAUCAAGAUCAAGAGAAGUUACAGAAGUUGAGCAUGAUGCGAACGUUGGGCUGUCAGAAGAUGAUCUGGCUUUUGAUUUUCAAAAAGAUAAAAAUGGGUUUGUGAAGUCAGAAUCGGUAGUUGAGCAUGAUGUAGCUGAUUUACCUCCAUCUUCAUCAAACAACGGAUCUGUCAAGGAGGAUCAUGAAUACGGGGAAGAAAGCUCCAAUAAUGAGUCGGAAGAACUGCACUCAUCAAUUGCUAAUGCUGAAAUAGUUAUUGGGCACCACCAAGAUGUAAUUGAUAAGUUGGAUUCUGUGUCUUCUGGUAAUCAUAUGGCAUCUGAAAAACCAAUUUUAAAUGCACUAGAGGAACAUCCUCCAGUUGCUGCUGAUGUUUCAAUGGACUCCAAAUUAUCUCCUUCAGGGUCUGAAUCUGUGAAGGAGCAUGCAAUGUAUAUGGAAGACAUUCUUCAACCUGAGCAGGAAGAAGUCCCUUCAUCAGGUCUUGAGCUUAUGUCUUCUAAUGAAUUAAAUUUGUCCGAGAAUGAGGAAAGACAGCCUGCAGUGGUGGCUGAGCAAGUUCUAGAGGCACAUCCAGAUGCAUCCUCUUCAGAGAUUAAGCUUGUGGAGGAGCAUUCAUCAAGUGCUGAUGCAAUGAUUGUUGAUAGCCUUCUUCAAGAUGCAGAUGUGAAGCUUGUUUCUUCAGGCUCUAGUUGUCAUGUGCCUGCUGAGGCAAAAUCUCACUUUGAAGUGGAGAAACAGCUUUCGUGGUCAGAUAAAUCUAUUGUUGUAGAUGAUGAUAAAUCCCAGGAACCAUCUGUAAUGUUGGUGGAGUCUAGAGGAGAAGUGAACAUUGUGAAUAACAUAAAUGUGCCUGAAGUCUUUGAUCAUGAGAUAUCGGAAACUGCUUUGUUCUCACCAGAGAGCCUAGAGUAUAAAUCAAAGGUUGAUGAAUUUGAUUUUAAAGACAACAUCCUUGAUAAAAUUGUCUAUGAGGACAGUGGUCAUGUCUUAGAACACCCCAACUACUCAGAAACACACAGGUCUUCUGUUGCUGAGGAAAAUAUCAAUGAAGAUGAAGAUGAGAUAAAGGAGAUAGAUGAAGGAUUGUUGUCAGAACUGGACACAGUUGGGGAUUUCAGUGUCAAAGAAGUGGUUGGUGAGUCCCUUCAUGAUGAAAAAAUACCAGGAAAAACUAGUAUUGCAAUUCCUGAAUACAACUUGUUACCAGGAGAUUCAAGUGCGCGAGAGAUUAAACCAGAACUCCCGAUCCUGGAAGUUAGAUCAGUUACAGAUAUUGAGUUGGCUUUCAAGCAACUUCAUGAAGGAGUAGAUGUUGAGGAGGUCAUCAUUCCAAGUAUGAUUGAGGAUCAACCAUUUGUUGCAUCCAACUUGCAAGUUGUUGAAGCAAGAUCUUUAGAAGAUCUUAAUGUUGCUUUGAAGCAAGCUUCAGAAGGGAACAACGAAGAGACGUCAAAACUGUCUGAUUCAAUGGGAGGGCCAGCAAGUGUAAAUGAAGUGGGUUCUAGCAGUUCUGCGAAAGAGCUCCCAGUUCUUGAAGUUAGAACGAUCAAUGAUAUUGACCUGGCCUUCAAGCAACUUGAUGAAGGUGUAGAGGUUGAGGAGGUCAUCCUUCCAAGUAUGAUUGAGGAUCAACCGUUUGUUGCUUCCAACUUACAAGUUGUUGAAGCAAGAUCUUUGGAGGAUCUUAAUAUUGCUAUGCAGCGAGCAUCAGAAGGGAACAACAAAGAGAUGCCAAAACUGUCUGAUUCAAUGGGAGGGCCAGCAAGUGUAAAUGAAGUUGGUUCUAGCAGUUCUGCGAAAGAACUCCCAACUCUUGAAGUUAGAACGAUCAAUGAUAUUGACCUGGCCUUCAAGCAACUGAAUGAAGGUGUAGAUGUUGAGGAGGUAAUUCUUCCCAGCACAAUUGAACAGCAUCUAGCAAAUAAUGAAUCUGGAAAUCCUCAACAUUCUAGUUUUGAUCUGCAAGUUAUUGAAGCAAGAUCUCUGGAUGAUCUUCGUGUGGCCAUGAAGCAAGUUUCAGAAGCAAAUACUGAAGAGAAGUCAAAACCAUCAGAUUUAAACAAAGGACCAGCAGAAGUAAAUGAAGUGGGUUCUAGCAUUUCUACCAAGGAGCUUCCAGUUCUUGAAGUUAGAACAACUGAUGAUAUUGACCGGGCUUUCAAUCAACCUAACAACGGUGCAGAUUUUCCUUGCAUAAUUGGGCAGAAUCUAGUUGUGAAUCAAUCCAGUGAUCCUCUAUAUUUGAGUCCUGAUUUGCAAGAUAUUGAAGCAAGCUCUGUGGAAGAUCUUGAUAGUGCCAUGAAGGAAGUUUCAGGGGUUAAAAUUGAACAGCUGCCAAAAUCAUCAGAUUCAAUCAAAGACAUAUCAAGGACUUCAGAAGUAAAUGAAAUUGAUGCUACCAAGGGCAUUGAAUCAAGUACUGUAGAAGCACAUGAAGCAGGUGUCAUCCAAGAGAGUGGAUCAAGUUCUGUAGAGUUUGGUUCUCAACAAAUGAGCACUGCAGUUCCUGGCGAACCUAAGCAAUGAUUUAAUGAAACAUCUGGAAUUUGAAGUUGGAACAUAUCAGUAAAAAAGGUGAGAAUGCAGAACUCCUAGAUUGAGCUCAAGUUCCAGAGGUACAAGAUUUUAAAAGAGGAUUGACAGAGAUUGAAGUUGAAGAAAGUUUUGUGGUUUGAGUUUUCCAUUGUGUGGUUUACUUCCGAUCAUUGGUCUUUUAGUUUUUAUAGUUUGGUUUUCUAUCAUGUUUUCAUUUUUUGUAGUUGGUUUUUGUUUUGCCCUUUCAAUUGAUUGAUCUCUUCAAGAAUGAGUUUUGGUUUGAUUUCUUGAAGUGUGAUUAUUAUCAUCAUUUUUUUUUUCUGUCUUCUAGCUUCAAGAGGUGAGAAGUUUGAAGGUUUUGGGAGAAAGUUUGAAAUUUUUGCAUAUUGUAGAUUAUAUUUUGUAAAGUCGCUGAUUUGAUCAAUGGAGACGUAUAUUGUUUGUGUA